CUGCCAAGAUGGCCCAGGUCGGCUUCACGGAAACCCUCGCUAAGGAGGGUAUCAAGUACAACAUUCUCUGCAACGUCAUUGCUCCCAUGGCUGCCAGCCGCAUGACCGAGACCAUUCUGCCCCCAGACAUGCUUGACCUGAUGAAGCCCGAGUGGGUGGUCCCUGUCGUGGCGGUUCUGGCUCACAAGAGCAACGAGGAUGUCACUGGCGCCAUCUUUGAUGUCGGCGGUGGCCAUGCUGCCCAGAUCCGGUGGCAGCGGGCCAAUGGCCAGCUUCUCAAGUGCGACGAGACUUACACGCCUGGCGCAGUUCUCAAGAAGUGGGACCAGAUUGUCGACUUCUCCAAGCCCCAGUACCCCAGCGGCCCCAACGACUUCCUGGCACUGCUCGAGGAGUCGACCAAGAUGGGCCCCAACGAGAAGGGUCCCGAGCCCGACUUCAAGGGCCGGGUUGCCCUGGUCACUGGCGGAGGUGCCGGUAUUGGCCGAGCCUACUGCUUGGCCUUUGCCAAGUACGGCGCCUCGGUCGUUGUCAACGAUCUCGUGAACCCCGAUGAUGUUGUCAACGAGAUCAAGAAGGCUGGAGGCAAGGCCGCUGGUGUCAAGGCUUCCGCUGAGGACGGCGAUACCGUUGUCAAGGCUGCGAUUGACGCUUUCGGCCGGAUCGAUAUCAUUGUCAACAACGCCGGCAUCCUGCGAGACAAGGCCUUCAACAACAUGGACGAUAACCUCUGGGACCCCGUCCUGAACGUGCACGCCCGCGGUACCUACAAGGUCACCAAGGCCGCCUGGCCUCACUUCCUCAAGCAGAAGUAUGGCCGUAUCAUCAACACCACCUCCACCAGCGGUAUCUACGGUAACUUCGGCCAAGCCAACUACGCCGCUGCUAAAUCCGCCAUUAUUGGCUUCACCAAGUCUCUUGCGUGGGAAGGACAAAAGUACAACAUCUAUGCCAACGUCAUUGCUCCCAACGCCGGCACUGCCAUGACCCGGACUAUCCUGCCCGAAGAGCUGGUUCAGGCCUUCAAGCCCGAGUACAUUGCUCCCGUUGUCCUCGCGCUGAGCGCUGAGAAGGGUCCCAAGGAUCCCACCGGACGCAUCUACGAGGUUGGCAGUGGCUGGAUCGGACACACUAGGUGGCAGCGCACUGGUGGCCACGGCUUCCCCGUUGAUGUGCCUCUGACCCCUGAGGAGGUCCGCAAGCACUGGAAGGAGAUUGCCAACUUCGACGAUGGCCGUGCCGACUAUCCCACCAAGACCAACGACAGUGUCGAGAGGAUCAUGGCCAACAUUGAGAACAAGGCCGGCUCUGCCAAGAAGAGUGAUUCGUCUUCCGGCAGCAAAUACCUUGAGGCCAUCCAGGCCGCCCUGAAGGCCAAGUCCAACGGAACCGACUUCAAGUACACCGACCGUGACUCGAUGCUCUACAACCUGGGCAUCGGCGCAAAGAGGACCGACCUCAAGUACAUCUUUGAGGGUGCAGAGGACUUCCAGGUCAUCCCGACCUAUGGUGUCAUCCCGCCUUUCGACGCUGAGAUGCCGUUCUCCUUUGACGACAUCGUGCCCAACUUCAGCCCCAUGAUGCUCCUGCACGGCGAGCAGUACCUCGAGGUCAAGAAGUACCCCGUCCCGACCGCCGCCAACCUCAAGAACUACGGCAAGCUCAUCGAGGUCGUCGACAAGGGCCGCGCCGCCGUCGUCCGCUAUGGCGUCUCGACCGUCAACGCCGAAACGGGCGAGGAGGUCUUCUACAACGAGUCGGUCGUCUUCCUGCGCGGCUGCGGCGGCUUCGGCGGCGACAAGAAGGGCAGCGAGCGCGGCGCCGCCACGGCCGCCAACCCGCCGCCCAAGCGCGCGCCGGACGUCGUCGUCGAGGAGAAGACGACCGAGGAGCAGGCCGCGCUGUACCGCCUGAGCGGCGACUACAACCCCCUGCACGUCGACCCCAGCUUCGCCAAGAUGGGCGGCUUCAAGGUGCCCAUCCUGCACGGCCUGUGCUCCUUCGGCAUCGCCGGCAAGGCCGUCUACGAGCGCUUCGGCGCCUUCAAGAACAUCAAGGUGCGCUUCGCCGGCGUCGUCCUGCCGGGCCAGACCCUCGUCACCGAGAUGUGGAAGGAGGGCGGCCGCGUCGUCUUCCAGGUCAAGGUCAAGGAGACGGGCAAGCUGGCCAUCGGCGGCGCCGCGGCCGAGCUCGUCAACCCGGACGGCAAGGGCAAGUUGUAA